UGAUACAGCUAUGGAUGAACUUACUGAAGCCCGAGCCGAGUUGGCACUGUUAGAAGAUCAAGAACGGCAAUUACUUGAACGCCUCCGUAACGUCCGAUCUGCCAUCCAGGUGCAGAAGAAGAGGAUCGGCGAACUCAUCAAGCACGCUAAAAACCAUCCUAUCAGCCGUCUUCCUGUUACAACCCUUUAUCAGAUAAUCUCUCUGGUGGUCAACGGCUGUACCGGUUCUCCAGCCUUUGCCCAUCGGCGUACCAAGAGGUUGUUGGCUAGCGUGUCACGUCGUUGGAGAAAUGUGAUCUUGACGUCCCCUGAUCUCUGGACCAAUAUUGCGAUAAGCCCUGGGUGGUCCGCCUCUCUUGUGAGAACACACGUGAAGAGAAGUCGCGAAUGUUCACUUGACAUCGAACUAUCCUAUUGGUAUCACGAGGAAGAAUUUUCUCUAAGGUUCUUUCAACUACUUGGUCUAGUUAUUUCUUGUGGGUACCGCUGGCGUAGCCUCAUGAUCCAGCAUAACAACGAAAAACUCGAGGAGAGGAUCAUCGGAAGCAUUUGGAAUGUGAUGUUUUCCUCUCUGAAACGCGUUACCAUCCACAUAACACAACAGUCUGACUACCCACCAUUCCUUGGUCCGCAGCAUGCCCAUACGCUCGAAGACCUGGACCUUGAGGAAGGCAUCAGAGUUGAUAACCUCUCAGCUGCUGCUAGCCUCAAAUCUCUUCGCUUGAAAUAUUCUCUGUUGAUGGCGCCACGGUUACCAUCAAUAAUGUCGCUCAGAGCGCUGACGAUAUGCGGGUCGAAUUGCGGAGCUUUACUUCCUGAGAGUAUCCACUUACCACUCCUCGAGACUCUUACGGUCGCGCUCGACGAUCCCCAGUCAUUUUUGUUGGCCAUUGUAACCCCGAGGCUCGGUUAUUUCAUGUGGUCGUCUCCGACGGCCGAUGUCAGUUGGUCGAAGACAUUCGCAGGUCUUGGGGGCAAAUUCCCAAACGUUCAACAUCUUUGCCUUCAACAUUCUCCGAGCUCUCUUGCUCAUGCGGGCAUUAAGGAUGCUGCACCCGUCUAUGCGGCAUUCCCUGGUGUACGCCAUAUGGAAAUGCACACACUUGAUUUCCUUCCUUUCUGUGUCGUGGCGGAAGAGGAUGGUAGCACUUUGUCCACUGCGGACCGCUGGACGCACCUCGAGCAUCUGUCCCUUGAAAAAUUCGGCCGCUUCGAUCCCAAUAAUAUCCUCGUUAAAUGGCUUCGCAUUCGAAAACUCAGGGGCCGUCCUCCGUUACAAGUGACAUUGUCCGGGUUCAAUACCAAAGGCCUCGUGCUAAACAGCCCAUGGUUGAUCUCAUUGUACAACUCGCUAUGCGAAUGUUGCGUGCUGGAGUUGAAACACCUUCCGCUAACGUUCAAUAUCAAUCUGACUCUGCGCCCAUCCGAUUCGGAUGUCUAUGGAAAUCCCCCUAUUAUUGGUAUGGUGGAGUCGACAAUACGUUCUGAACUCGAACGUGCAAGUACCGGAACAUAUGGGUGAGGGACUGGCCGUCGACCGAAUUACCAGGAUCCGUGCUCUGCCGCUUCUAAUACGUACCUCGUGCACAAGUUUGUUGCAUAUCUUGAUACAAGUCUUAGAAAAGGUAUUGUGUACUGUCUCGUAUUUACCCAUUGUUUCCCAGUUCGGAAUGCAGGCAUUCAGGCUCUAGAGUUAUGCCUCUCUUCGCUGUGGCAACACACAGAUGUUAUGCUCUCCACUCUGACAUAUCGAUCUUUUCACCGUAGCAGACGUUGAUGUGAAUAAAGCAUAGAACGGGACGAGAGAAGCUGCGAGAGGAG